UUAGUUUUAAGGUGUACACCUGGUAAUACAUAUUUUAACAGCAUAAAGAUGGGUCCGAAUAUAAUUGAAUUACGUCCUGAUUAUAAAUUAUUAAACCCCAAUUUUGAUGGAUAUAAAUUAUCCUUAAAGUCAAUACCAUCAGCGAAGAAAACAUUAUCAACAAGUGUUUACAGGAUAUUACUUGAUCCAAGACGAUUUAGUUUGCUGCACGUCAAGCUAUUCGGUCUUCAUAAUCACUUGUACGGCGAAACUGUGAAUGAAACCAAGUCAGUGUAUUUUGUUGAUGAAGAAUGGAAUUUAUGUAAGACAUACGUGGAUACUUGUGUAUUUGAAAUGUGUGAUCCGAUUAAAGUUUGGAAGAUACCGAAACCUGAGGAGCAAAAAUCGAGGUACUAUAACAUUACAUUGAAAUUUGUUAAUGAGUCUCUGCUUGUCUUGACUGAUGGAAUGGGUAUGCUCUACCUUUUAAAUACAGGAGAUAGGAAUGUCGAUAACUUGUUCACUCUCAUACAUUCAGAGCUAAUAGAAAUAUGUAAUGAAGGUUUUAUUAUUAAAGAUGCCAAACACAUUACAUCUGAUCAAAAAGAACAACUACACAUAUUAAUAACACAUGUGAAACAAUCAGAAACUAAAGAUCAUUACAUUACUGUUGUUAACUGGAUAUCUCUAACAAAACUUGUGGAUGGUUGGGGACAAUCUGCACUGAGAGAAAUUCACAUAAAAGGUGAUAUCCAAUACAUAUCUUUGGACAAAUGUUGUGAGGCAAUAUACUUAGUAAGUGAUGGUAAAUCAACAUUUAAAUUAAAUUCAGAAUACCCCGUUGAUGUACUUAGUAAUGUAACGUAUAACUGGAGUCAAACUGACACAACUGUAAAUGUUAAAGUUACACUUCCUGAAAACAUUGAUAAGACAAAAUUAACAGUUACUUCCCACUUCAAUAACCUAACUGUUAAAUAUGAGGACACAGUUUUGCUAAAUGAAAUGCUCCAGAAAGCAGUUGAAUCUGAUUCAACAAAUUGGAAUGUGGAAAACAACGAACUAAAUAUUGUUCUUAAAAAAGUAGACAAUCUAAUGUGGACCAGCCUUACAGGUGAAAAUAAAAAUACAGACAUUUUUGAGGCAGAAUUUAAAAUGAAUGAAGAAUACAAUGACAGAGGUAACAUUUACAAUAGUCAGCAAAUUGAGGAUUGUGACUUAGAAUAUGAUAAAAUAGUGAAGUUUGAAAAAAUUUGUGGCAAAACUAAUAGAACCGUUGCUAAAAGUAAUAUGGGCUCGAAUCCUGUAUUAUUGACCAUAAACAUGGAACAUGAUUGUCCACCGGCACUAGGAUUAAGACACGAUGUCGACAUUUUAAUGUGGCAAAUUAAUCAAAAUGAAAAUAGUGAUUUUGAGAUAAAACACAAAGGGACAUUACAUGCCUUUGGGUAUAUUCAGGCAUCAAAGCAGCAAAAGAAAUUUAUGGUCUGCUCGCCAGAUUUGAAUUCAGUAGUAAUAUGCCAAGACACUAGACAUAUAUUUUUAUACAAACAACAAUCCACAAUUGAUUCAGGGGAACUACGUAACCGUAAUACAGGAAGAUACAUUCCUAAAAUGGCCCAGCAAUAUGUUAUCAAUAUAGACAAUGAAGAAAUUAUUGGUGUAUAUUGUAGUAAUAAGUUUCUUUUUAUAUUAGGAAAUUUGUAUAUAUCAGUAUUCAAUAUAGCAUAAUAAUUUUGAA